AUGGCAGCAACUCCGGAUCUCAUCAGUCACGGCACCAUACAGCUGUCCACGAAGCCAAACGCCAACCUCAGCUAUAGCUUCUUACCCGGAGAACCUACGAUCAAAACUCUGGUGGUGUUUCUGAAUGGCCUAAUCUUACCUAAACAAUCUUGGGAGCGAACGAUACUGGCUAUACACUCUAGAACACAAGAUACGAAAAUAUCGCAACCGCAUUUAUUGGCUUAUGAUCGCUAUGGUCAAGGGAGUUCUGACAAAGAUCCUCAAGGCGAUCAUGAUGUCCAAGAUGCCGCAUACGAUCUCCACACCUUCCUCAUCGAGUUCUGCGACAAGGAGUUGAGCAUCCCACUGGGCCAGCAAAAAGUGGUGUUUGUCUGCAAUUCCAUCGGCUGUGCUGUGGCUCGUUUAUUCGCAAAAACCUACCCUACCACUGUAUCUGGCUUCAUAUUCUUGGACUCUAUAAUGGCGCAUGUGGACUUAGUGGCUUUAUGGCCAGAUGUCGAUGCCCCUGACUUCAAAGACGAGGAUUUGCCAGAGGGUACGACGAAAGAAGAUAUGCGCAGUGUAAAAGAAGAAUACAGAAAAAGAUUUGAUGUAGCUGCACCCAAUCCUGAGGGGUUAAAUAGGAAGACAUUGAAGGGAUUGCUUCCAGAAGCUAGUGAGCCGAAGUUAGAGGGAAACCCGCGGCUUACGGUUGUGGGACAUGAUGAUAUGACUUUUGCUCAAGAGAAUGAAGUCAGUAAAAGCUUUGGUGUUUCACCAGCUCUAGUCAAUAAGUAUAUUAACCCUGUCUGGCGGGAGUACAACAAGGAGCUUGCUACGUUGACUUCGAGCGAUAGAAGCAAAGGUCCUGUUGUUGCCAAAGGAUGUGGUCACUUUAUUCAAAGAGAUGAUCCUGGUUUUGUGGCUUCUGAGGUGUGCGAUAUGUUACAGCGCCUUGCAAAAGGUCAAUGA